AAAAUACAGAGUAGAGAUCUCACUAAGCACAUAACGUUACUUGCCGGGCUCCAGGUUGCCCUUUAAUGCAUAAUCCCAAAUCCCAGAUCACAGAAUUAGAAGCAGCAACCUACCUACUGAUCACAAAAAGAGAAGGAACCUUCCUCUCUCAAAUACUUCAAACCAUUUCUUCUUCUUCUUCUUCUUCUUCAGUUGGCGUUGCUCUGUCGCCUCGCUGCCCGCUCCUCUCAGGUAUUGGGCAUCGCAUUGGUAAAUAAUGUUAAUGGUUAACUUCGAACCCCAUGGCCAUGUAUUUACGUAGGAUUUAUAGAUCUAAAUAAAUAAUUAGAAGACAGGAAAAACAGGUUCAGGGGAAGGUCCGUCCAUUGAUUACGUCGUCUAUUGUGAAAGAGCACAACUGGUAAAUCUGCCAGAAUUAUAUAUAUUUUUCCUAUGGGGUGGGGGGGACCCAAGCUCCUCUUACAAAUCAAUUGAGACUAGAGGAAUAACUGGAAACUUGGUGAUCUAGACAUUUGUUUUCCAAAGAAAGGGAAAAAAGCCCUGGUGUUACACUGAGCACCUGGCCUCUUAUUCUCUCCCGUCUCGACUGCUGUAAAUAAAAGUGAAGGGUGAGAGUCGUGAAACAUUAAGAGCAACAAUGGAAGGGUCACAAGGAGGAGGAUCAGAGAGAGAAAAGUCCAAUUCAUCAUCAUCCACUACCCCAGUAUCUGCAGUCGCUACUUUCUGGAAAGACUUCAAAAAGGCUUCAAAUGAAGAAAAGUUAGUGUUGUUCAACUCUUUACUUAAGGGUUAUCAAGAAGAGGUUGAUAAGCUUACCAAGAGAGCCAAAUUUGGAGAAAAUGCUUGUCUUAACAUUUACCAGAAACUUUAUGAAGCACCAGAUCCUUACCCUGUUCUUACUUCAAUUGCAGAGGAUGCCAAACUGUCUGAACUGGAGUCUGAAAACAGAAAGAUGAAGGUUGAGCUUGAAGAAUUCCGCACUGAAUCAACAUAUCUGAAAAAUCAACAGGCAACAAUAAGAAGACUUGAAGAACGCACCCGCCAGUUGGAACAACAGAGAAAUAAUAGGAUCUUGAUAGGUUCUGAAAGUUUUACUGAGAAUAUGAAAGCCAAACUUGAUUGAUUGGGAGUGGAAGAUGGUUCUCGAAACAGAGUAAAGGAUUGAGUAAAGUCAUCAUGGGGUUUAGCAUAUACAGAAUGACUCUAGAAUGGUGAAGAGACUAAAAGAAGGAUUCUUCUUUAUACUAUCAUUUUUUUCGAAGAAGUGAAAGACCCUGUUACUAAUGAAUUUUUUAACAUAUUUUAGUAUAUCUCUAGCACCAAUUUUGCAUCCAUCUAAUUUUAAGAGAAAAUUUUGAAAUUGUUGCCUUAAGUAAGCCAUUUUAUUAUGCUUGUUGCCUAAUGAAACCAAAGAACAACUGCUGCCCCCUCUACUUCCUUUGAUUCCUCAAUUCAGAUGGAGCUAACUGUGACAAUUUUAUGGCUAACCCCAGAAGGUAGUAAAGAUUAUGAACCUAGUUCAAUGCAUGACAUCCCAAUACUGAGUUUCCUGGAUAUUAUAGGUUGGAGGAGUUAAUCAAUUACUCUCUGAAUCUAUUGAGAUGCUAAUGGUAUUAAAAAUCAGUUGUGAGCAUGACAAAUCUAUUUUUCCUUUGUAUGUUCCCAAUUACAAGAUCAUUCUCACUUUAUGGGCUCCUUGUGCAGUAUCUAUAAUGCAUAACCUGUAUUCUUUCUAUAUCAAUUGUGGUAUGAGCUUUCAUGGUAUUCUUUGAUAUUGGAUAUUUGUCAAAGAAACUUACAGUUAUAUUGUAAAUGUAUACAAGCAGCAUAAACUGUCAUGAUUUUCUUGAUGCUGUAUUGAUUUGUGUAUUUGAUGUUG